GGACCCGGACGUUCAACAAAUCCCAACAAAUCAUAACUUCCUCUACACACGUGCAAACGAUGCAAGCAGGGAGAUGGUUUCAGAGCUCCAAUCCCUCCAAACAUAAUAAAUAAAUAAAACGACACGUUGAAAUGGCUGAUAUAGUGCAGCAGCGAGUAGAGGACAGGCUUCCAGGCCUGGAGCAACUGGAAAGAGUCGGACUCUUCACCAAGAAAGAAGUGAAAUCUAUGCUGAAAAGAUCGACAGCCCUGGAAUAUAAGUUACACAGGUCCGUUUUAAGUAAAGACGAUUUCAUCGGAUAUGUUCAGUAUGAAAUAAAUGUGCUGGAACUCAUCAAGAAAAGAAGAGCUCGAAUUGGCUACCACUUCAAAAGGGAGGACAUCGAAUUCCCCAUUAUACAGAGGAUAAACAAUGUUUUCAAGAGAGCUGCUUCAAAGUGGAAGGAAGACGUCCAGCUGUGGCUGUCCCAGGUUGCCUUCUGUAAGAAAUGGGGGACCAAGAGCCAGUUGAGCAAGGUCUUCUCCUCCAUGCUUGCUAUCCACCCUGACAAACCCAGCUUAUGGAUCAUGGCGGCCAAAUGUGAGAUGGAGGACCUGAAUUCCUCGGAGAGCGCUCGGCACCUCUUCCUACGGGCGCUUCGCUUCCAUCCGGAGAACCAGAAGGUCUAUCAGGAGUACUUCCGGAUGGAGCUGAUGCACGCAGAGAAACUGAGGAAACAGCAGCAGGAACUGGAAAUGGCCAAAAUCGACAUUGGUGAGUACACGUUCUCUCCAGAGAUCCUAAGUGGUGGGCUGGCUGAAGUAGUCUACAGAGAUGCCACGGAGAAAAUCAAAGGUGCACAGUUCAUGCUGUCCCUGCUACAAAUUGCUGCCAUUUUUGAUUUCACCAAAGAUCUGCAAGACAAAAUUCUUCAAAACCUGCAGGCCCAACACACCGAUGAGUCCGUGACGUGGGACUUCAUGGCGCGUCGAGAGCUGGAGGCGCCGGGGGCCCCCAAGCUGCACUCGGCCCAGGGCCGUGCCUCCGACGUGGACCGCAGGGAGGAGCGCUGCUGCGCCGUUUACGAGGAGGGCCUGAAGAGCCUCGCCACAGAGCCAAUGUGGACGCAUUAUGUAACUUUCUGCUUGGACAGAUUUAAGAGGAAAACUAAUGUCACUGAGCUCAAAGAAAAGAGAAGAGAGCGGCUGCUCGAGGUCCUACAAAGAGCCCAUGAUGCAUUGCUGCUUCAGGAGUCCUUCUACAGGACCUGGCUACAGGUCCUACUGUCGGUCGGGCACAUGGACACUGCCACUCAAGUUGCUAUAGCGGCCACCAAAUGCUUCAGCCAGUCGGUGGAGAUCUGGUCUUUGAGCUUGCAGACAUUGGUCCAUGUAAAGAGUGGUGAGGUGGGGUCUCUGUUCCAGGAAGCUCUGAAGCAUGUGAAUCCCAAGGACAGUCUGCCCCUGUGGCAGCUGUAUGCUGAGUGGAGCAUAGUAUCACAGUGUCCACAGGACACGGACGCUCUGUUUCAGAAAGCCCUGUUGUCAACUGUCCCAGCUGUUUCAGCAGCGAUGAAGGAAACCUAUCUGGAGUGGGCCUACAAAACUGGGGGCUAUAAAAGAGCCAGGAAGACAUUCAAAAGCCUACACGAACACAGACCCUUCAGUAAGGCCUUCUUUACCAAGAUGGUUCAGAUUGAGAAAGAACAAGAAAAUCCAAAGAUAAGCAACUUGCGAGACUACUAUGAGCGAGCACUGCGCGAGUUCGGCUCCACUGACGAUGAUCUGUGGAUGGAUUUCAUCCGUGAGGAGCUGGGCGCCCUGGGAAACCCCGAGAACUGUGGCCGGCUCCACUGGAGGGCCAUGAAGAGUCUGGUUGGGGAGAGUGUGGAGCGCUUCACAAUGCAGUACACUCUUCUGCAGACUGGACACAUAUAGAAGCAGCCUGGAGAUGUGGAUUAUUGCUGCUGUAACGCUGUUGAGCACAUCGCCAAGGAAACCUUCCAUCUUGCACAACGAGACAAGAUGCAUGUUGUGCCCUGUCUUUGAAAUAAUCCAUCAGUCUGUUUAAAUUUUCCAUAAAAAAUCCUGUUCUGUCCAGAAUUACACUUAGUUUGUUCUGCAUUUUGCCUUUUAGAAGAAUGACUGCUGUUUUUUGUAAACAUUAAAAUGAAAUUUUCUUUUUGUAUUGUUGCGAAGUCUCACCGUCCUCCAAAUCAUAUAUUCCAGAAAUAAACGUUUUAUAGUUGAUUUCA